CUGCAAUCGAGGGGUAUAAUUUCGAAACCCCACCAUCGCAAUCCACCAACAAAGCUGCCACGACACCCAAACGACUUCCUUGUACCGACCGAAAAAAAUAAGUCGAGCCCGAUAACUUCGCUGCCGCCACCAUGGCCUCCGUCCAGGAGCUGGCUGAACGGGUCAAGAAUGACGACAAGUGCUACAUCGACACCGAUGCCGGCGUAGACGACGAGACUGCCAACGGUUCAGAGUCCAAGCCUUACAAGAACCUGGGCUAUGCCUACGUCCGGAACUACGAGAAACCCACGCCGCAGUACCAAAUCCGCGCCUCUGUGACAGGACCCGUCGGCGAUGGCGAAAGCCCCUCCGUUCGCUUGCAAUGGAAGGAGCCCGCCAAGAGCGCCGUCAAGAAAGCCCAGGGCGCCCUCGAUGCCCACAAGAAGAAGCUGACCAAGCAGGCACAGGUCGCCGCCGACGAGGAGAAGAGAAGGCAGCAGCGGCUGCAGAACCUCGAGGAGGCCAAGAAGAUCGUGUUGAAGGAAGACACUUCGCUACCCAAACCCAUCCGGAUGAAGAUCGGGCGCAAGGAUAUCGAGCUGGGAGAUGGCGAUAAGAAGGGAACGCGGGUCAAGGUUAUGGGAAGAAUCCACCGUCUGCGCGCGCAAAAGCAGGCUACGUUCAUUACACUGGUGGACGGACACGGACAUCUGCAAUGUGUCUUGCAAGCGGGCGACCUAACCAAGACGUAUGAGGCUCUAACCUUCGCGCAAGGCACGUCUCUGGCGCUCUACGGCGAGAUGCGGAAGGUACUCGAGGGACAAACUGCGCCCGAUAACCGCGAGUUGCACGUCGACUACUACGAGGUUUUGGGCACAUCUCCUAGCGACGAUGAUGCCAUGACCAACAAGGUCUCGGUCCAGCAGAACCAAUGGGACUCGCAGAUGCUGGACAGCAGACACUUGGUCCUGCGUGGUGACAACGCUUCGUCGCUGAUGAAGAUCCGUGCAGCUGUUGAGCGCGCAUUCCAAAAGGUGUACGAUGAUUUGGAGCUCACCAAGGUGUCGCCACCCGCCUUGGUCCAGACCCAAGUCGAGGGCGGUGCGACGCUCUUCAGUGCCCCGUACUAUGACGAGCAGGCCUACCUCACCCAAUCAUCGCAGCUGUACCUCGAGACUGUUAUCCCCAGCCUGGGCGACGUCUACUGUAUCGAGAAGUCAUUUCGCGCUGAGAAAAGUCUGACUCGCCGCCAUCUCUCGGAGUACACACACGUGGAAGCAGAACUAGACUUCAUUACCUUCGACGACCUGCUGGAGCAUCUCGAGGAGGUCAUAUGCCGCGUUAUCGACAUCGUCCUCGACAACCCCACCAUCGCCGCCUACCUCAAGGAGCUCAACCCUACGUUCCAGAAGCCGUCGCGCCCUUUUAUGCGCAUGAAGUACACCGACGCCAUCGAGUGGCUCAACGCCCAGGAAACGCCCAUCCUCAACGAAGAGGGAAAUCUGCACGUGUUCGGCGACGACAUCGCCGAGGCUGCCGAGCGCAAGAUGACGGAUGCCAUCAACCGCCCCAUCUUCCUGACGCAUUUUCCCGUCGAGAUCAAGGCGUUUUACAUGAAGAAGGACCCCGCCGAUCUGCGGGUUACGGAGAGUGUAGACUGUUUGAUGCCUGGUGUGGGUGAGAUUGUGGGUGGUAGUAUGAGAAUGGAGGGCUACGAGGAGCUGUUGGAGGCGUAUAAGAAGCAGGGUAUUGACUCGAAGGAUUACUAUUGGUACACUGACCAGCGCAAGUACGGUACCUCCCCCCACGGAGGAUACGGUCUCGGUCUUGAGAGGUUUUUGGCUUGGAUCGCUAAUCAGCACACUGUCCGCACGACCUGCUUGUAUCCUCGCUUCAUGGGUCGUUGCAAGCCUUAGAGACCUGUAAGGAAGAGCAUGGAACGCCAUUUUGGUAAAUUCAUGAUAUGCAGAUGAAUUUCGUGAUGGGAACCUGGGGGGAAAGGGGGGGAUAAGAGGGAUAGAAAGGAUGGAGUUCCGGGCAUUUGGCGAAGAGCGCUAUGUAGACGUUUCCUGUAGUUCGACCAACUUCGGGAAUACUAAACCUGGUUCAUCGAAUUUGGUGUGUCGUGUGAUGAUCUAGCACAACGUUGAAGAUGUCAUCAAUUUGGGAGUUCCCGCUGGCCCAAUCCUGCAAGUCUCCUUUGCUUCUGGCAGGCCUGCUACCUGCCUGGGACGAG